AUGGGUCAUAUGGAAGAGGCUGAGGACACUGACCUUCCUACUUAUUACCUUCCUCAUCAUACUGUGACCAAGAGUGACAGCCUAACCACAAAAACUCGUGUUGUGUUUGACGGCUCGGCAGUUACAAGAUCAGGCCUAAGUCUUAACGAUAUAUUGGUAUGUGGACCGUCAGUUCAACCUGAAUUGUUAUCCAUUGUACUACGAUUCCGUCUCUAUAGAUAUGCUUUGGUUGCGGACAUUGAGAAAAUGUAUCGCCAGGUCUGGGUUGCACCUUCAGACUGUGAUAUGCAGCGAAUAGUAUACCUACCGGUCAAAUGCUGA